UGGCCCGAUCAGCUGAGCCAGUGCCGGGCCGAGGGCGAGAGAGGUAGGUGUUGCGCCGUUUGCUCUGCCUCGACACACCUGUUUUCAGGACACCGGCACAAAUAACCAGCAACAAACAUGGUUAUCCUGAGUAAAUUGUCGACAAUUGCUCAGUCUCGAGAUGCCCGUUUCUUCGGUGCUGCUUCUUCGACAGCUUUCCUGUACUGGCUCUACAGUACCUCAAAAUCUGGUGGGAAGAGGUCCAUGAACAAAGAUGAAGUGAAGUUUGUGGUCAAUGAUUCUGGUGGAGCAGGUGACAAGAAGAAAGUUCAGGUGAACAAGGAAUUCUUCAGAUCCCUUAAAGGCAUCCUGCGCAUAUUAGUGCCAGGUGUUUGGAGUCCAGAGUCGGGCUACCUUAUCUUGGUAGCUUUCUCGCUUAUUGUACGAAGCAUGUGUGACAUUUGGAUGAUUCACAAUGGAACACUUAUUGAAAGUUCAAUCAUCUCAAAGGACUUGAACCGGUUUUUAAGAUUCUUGGUAGAACUUAUGCUUGCUAUGCCUGCAAUUUCUUUGGUUAAAAAUGUCCUGAAAUUUGGGCUUUCUCUUUUCCAUUGGAAAACAUUUUCUUCUGAGAGCUCAAAGAAACUACUUCAUUUUUCUCCUGACUGCAGAGGCUUCACUUACUACAAGAUGAACAACUUGGACAGCCGAAUCAGCAAUGCCGACCAGCUUUUGACUCAGGACGUGGAGAAGUUCUGUGACUCGGUGGUGGAGCUCUACUCCAACAUCAGCAAACCAAUCCUCGACAUACUCAUCUAUGUUCAAAAGGGGCCCCACAAGCUAUUGGGGGCACAGGCUCCUGGGAUAAUGAUCAUGUACCUCAUUCUGUCCGGGACCCUCCUCACACACCUCCGAAGACCGAUCAGCCGCUUAACCGCAACGGAACAGCGACUGGAGGGCGAGUUUCGGUUUGUGAAUUCUCGCCUGAUCACCAACUCUGAGGAGGUGGCGUUCUACCAAGGGAAUUACCGAGAGAAGAAGAAUAUCGACUCCUCCUUCAAUCGCUUGGUGAAUCAUCUUCGAUCAUUUAUUUCAUUUAGAUUCAACAUGGGAUUCAUUGACAACAUCAUUGCAAAAUACCUUGCAACGUGUGUUGGAUUUUCUGUCGUGGCCUAUCCUUACCUUACACCCUCGUCACGUCUGGCUAACAGUGACUACAAGAACCGCAUGCAGGACUACUACAGAAGUGGAAGAAUGCUCGUCAAACUAGCAGAGGCCAUUGGACGGCUUGUGCUAGCUGGGCGAGAGCUGACACGACUUGCUGGUUUCACGUCCCGCGUGCAGGAGCUGCUUACGGUGCUCAAAGAUCUGAACAAUGGAAAAUAUCAGCGCACUAUGCUGGAGAACAAGCAGUGCAAUGGUGUGCUUGGCAAACCUCUGAUCCCUGGCUCUGGGAGAGUCAUCAAUGAGGACAACGUGAUUCGCUUUGAGAACGUGCCCCUUGUUACCCCCAAUGGAGAUGUUCUGGUCCGAGAGCUGAACUUUGAGGUCAAAUCUGGGAUGAAUGUCCUUGUCUGUGGCCCAAAUGGCUGUGGCAAGUCAUCCCUCUUCAGAAUUCUGGGAGAGCUCUGGCCAGUGUUUGGAGGGACAGUAACCAAACCAAGUGCUGGCAAGCUGUUCUACAUCCCACAGCGACCCUACAUGACUUUGGGGACUCUCCGGGAUCAGGUUAUAUACCCUGACUCACAUAGUGACAUGAUUGCACGAGGGAUCACGCACGACAACCUCCGAGAGCUCCUACAGCAGGUACAGCUCACUCACAUCCUUGACGUGAAGGAGGCUGGGAUGCCGUUGCAGAUUGGAUGGACGUCUUGUCAGGUGGAGAAAAACAGAGGAUUGCAGUACACCUGCAUGGACUUUAGCUUGUUGUAA